GUUUUGCUGCGGUCACACUCGAAAAUUGUUUUGCCCCGCGCGAGGUGCUGCGUUUCGUUUCGGUUCGCAUCGAAAAAACAAAAAAAAACUCACAGCCGCCGGGAAAAUUCGCGAAAUAAUCUUGGGUUUUUUGUAAAAAAAAAUUACAAAAAUAUUACCAAUACAAUUUCCAAGUAAUGUGCGACUGAACAAUAGGCGACAACAACAAAUUGUGCCACCCCAGACAGCCAGUGUGCGAGAGCGUGAGAGGUGGUCGUGCGUCCCUCUCAAACACACACACAACAUACACCGCCGACGACGCGUACGCAACAAACGAAAAUAAAACGCAAACGAAAAGGAGAGAGAAAGAACAAAUAACGCCCACCGUAACACCCCCCGCGAAGAAGAAGCAGAUAAAGACGAAGAAGCAGCAGCAAAAGCAGACGGCAGAAUUGGAGCUUUGCGCAGAAAUCGAUUUUUUUGCCCAUUUUAAGAGAUUUUCGGUAGCCUCUCCCACUGCCGAAAAUCGUUUAUCGCCCCUGCCUGCAUGUGUGUGCGUGCGUGUGUGCCAGUGUGAAAGUGAAAAAAGAUUAAAAUUAUAUAGACCCAGGGUGCGUGGUUUUAAAUAAAAAGUAGUGAGUGAGUCAGAAAUAACAAGAAAGAAAAAUUAAUUCAGCAGCAGCUUUGGCUUUUUUAGCUGCUGGCAUUGAAGAGGCGAUCUGCCGCAGUCGACGUCGCUGCCGCCGCUCUGUUUGCCUCUCUCUCACACUCUCUCUCUCUGAAAGCGAAAUAACACCACACACAAAAAACAUAUAAUAUUAUAAUAAUAUUAACCAAAACGCCAGCAAAAGUGCCAGUUAAGAUAAAAUUAUAUACUAAAAGUAAACCGAAAAGAGAGAGCUGCCAAGCCAAAAGCGGAAAAUCAAUAAAAGGUCUCUCUCUCGCAAAAGUGGGAAAAACGUGCAAACAAGUUAAAAAGCAAACCUGCAAAAAAGCAAAAGGAAAACUCCGCGCGCGUUUACACGUGUAGUUUAUGUGUGUGCGUGUUUAACGUUUAACUGCUAAUCACAAAAACGCAAUCUGCAAAAACCGCGUAACAAAAGCUUACGUAAAGCUUGGGAAAAAACACCAAUAACAACGAAGCAUAAAUAUUUGAAAAAACAAAAGAGAUACUAAAACUAACUAUCAAACGCUGUACAACUUUAAAAGACCCCAAAAUUAAAAACGCCAGAGAAUCGAAAAAAUCACGAUAAUUUCCCAAUAAAACCCUUAACCAAAUCAACAAGGAUAAAACCCCGACACAAAGAUGACUAAAGACAGAUUAGCCGCUCUCCAUGCCGCCCAAUCCGAUGAUGAGGAGGAGACGGAGGUGGCCGUCAAUGUGGAUGGCCAUGAUUCCUACAUGGACGAUUUCUUCGCCCAGGUGGAGGAAAUCCGUGGGAUGAUCGACAAGGUGCAGGACAACGUCGAGGAGGUGAAGAAGAAGCACUCGGCCAUUCUGUCCGCCCCUCAGACGGACGAGAAAACCAAGCAGGAGCUGGAGGAUCUGAUGGCCGACAUCAAGAAGAAUGCCAAUCGAGUGCGGGGAAAGCUUAAGGGCAUCGAGCAGAAUAUCGAGCAGGAGGAGCAGCAGAACAAGUCGUCGGCGGAUCUGAGGAUCCGGAAGACACAGCACUCGACGUUGUCGCGGAAAUUCGUCGAAGUGAUGACCGAGUACAAUCGCACCCAGACCGACUACCGAGAGCGCUGCAAGGGAAGGAUACAGCGUCAGCUGGAGAUCACCGGACGGCCGACCAACGACGAUGAGCUGGAGAAGAUGCUGGAGGAGGGCAACUCGUCGGUGUUUACGCAGGGCAUCAUCAUGGAGACACAGCAGGCCAAACAGACGUUGGCGGACAUCGAGGCUCGGCACCAGGACAUCAUGAAGCUGGAGACAUCGAUCAAGGAGCUGCACGACAUGUUCAUGGACAUGGCCAUGUUGGUGGAGUCGCAGGGCGAGAUGAUCGAUCGCAUUGAGUACCAUGUGGAGCACGCUAUGGACUAUGUGCAGACGGCAACUCAGGACACCAAGAAGGCGCUCAAGUACCAGAGUAAAGCCCGACGAAAGAAGAUCAUGAUACUGAUCUGCCUCACUGUGCUGGGCAUCUUAGCGGCCUCAUAUGUUAGCAGUUAUUUCAUAAUCCAAGCAAGCAAGUAGCAUGCUCAUCAAGGCCUAUAUUCUGCAUAAUCUAUACAUAUUUUGUAGUACAAUCCAAUGCAAAAUCACAAAUUAAUAAAAAAAAAAACGUAAUGUGUAUGAGUUUUUUCAAAAUUAUUGUGAUUAAGAAACUCGGAAAAAUGCUUUCGCUUUUAAGUAGGAAAUGCAAAAUUGUAAAUGCACCAAAUGAACUUACGCGAAUUGGUGAAUUUCUGUUGAUUACACCACUUGCAAAUGUCAGACCUGCAAUAUGUGCACGUUUUUUUAAUUUUAAACUCACCUUUUGAUCUUUUGAACGUAAGAAAAAGAAAACCGAAAACUGCAACGACAACAGCAACAAUCAGCACGUUUCCACCACAACAGCAAAAACACCCAGUAAAACACCGCGGUUAGUGAAAAGAAGAGCGAGAAAAACUUGCACAAAACAAAACGAAUUUCGACGCCAACUUCGUAUUAUGUCAAUCAAUCAAACUGCAAUUUUAUUUAAACCACAAAAAUGCAAUCAAAUGCCCGAAAAAUAAUCAAAAUAAAAAAACGCGACUCCGCCCUGCCACGCCCUCGUCUUUUGGAAUUUCCAGUCCGGGCUCCAGAUUUCCAGUCAUCCAGCUUCCAGCAAAAAAAACAGCUGCAAUGCUUCAUUCCCCCGCUUUGAG